UGAUUCACUACCGCACUAUCUAGCAACUGGCGUCGGCGCGCAAUCUGUCCCCUGCGACUGCGUCCAUUGGCGGAAGGAUCUGAUUAGAGCAGCGCAGUGUGCGUGAUGCGGUAGCUGCUCGCUGCCGCUGCUGCAGGAGGAAGACCGAACCGCUACCAGCACCACCUUUCAGUUUCGCCUUCAAAUUACACCAACCGGCUCCGUCACACUUAGAACACCGACCGAAUAAUUACCCCAAGGCGUCCCUUAUUAAGACACCGGAGGGGUUGGUCGCGUCGAAAUUGAAGAAACGCUGUUUUAAUCGAGUAUAAGGCGGGUUUUGUGUGUUUUUGACAGCAGUAACAGCACAACAAUGGCUCUGAAAAGAAUCCACAAGGAGCUGCAUGAUUUGGGCCGUGACCCACCUGCUCAGUGUUCAGCGGGCCCAGUAGGGGAUGACAUGUUUCAUUGGCAGGCCACAAUAAUGGGACCGAAUGACAGUCCUUACCAGGGCGGAGUGUUCUUCUUGACCAUACACUUUCCCACAGAUUACCCCUUCAAACCGCCAAAGGUUGCAUUUACCACAAGAAUCUAUCACCCAAAUAUCAACAGCAAUGGCAGCAUUUGUCUGGAUAUUCUGAGGUCACAGUGGUCACCAGCACUUACCAUCUCCAAAGUUCUCCUGUCCAUCUGCUCCCUGCUGUGUGAUCCCAAUCCGGACGACCCCUUAGUACCUGAGAUCGCCCGCAUUUACAAGACUGACAGGGAAAAGUACAACAGAAUAGCUCGGGAAUGGACACAAAAGUAUGCAAUGUAGUUUUGGAGUUAGAAUCAUGAUGGGAGAAAAUUACACCUCUCCAUCUUAAGGUUAGGGGAGAUUUUGAACGUUCAAAAGAUAAAAAAGAAAAAAGCUUAAGAAAAAAACAGAUCUUGUUGGUUUCCAUUGGAGUGCUUUCUUUAAGCCACGCCUCCCCUCACCAGAGCACCUCCCCCCCCACUCUUAGCCCUCUGGCAGCCAUGGUGUACAUACUCAAACUACAACUGUAGCUCCUUUUCCUCCCCAAAUGCAAACCUCCACUCCACAGCUCCUGCUUUACCUUAUCCGUUGCUAUUGCGACGUACCCGCUGCUUAGGAUCAGUCCGUAUCAAUUUUGCUGUAGAAGAUGUUUAUGGCUCUAAAAGCAUUCCUUGUUGUUUUUAAGAACUGGGAAGGGAGGGCUAUAUUAUUAUUUUGUUUUCCCCCUUCAAUUUGUGAUAGUCUGGACAUAGAGGGAUAUGUUUUUUACAGUUUACUUUUUCAUUUCCAUUUCCUGGGCUUCCAACUGUACAUUGGAUCAGGAAGUUUUUUUUUGUUUGUUUUUUUAUUUCUUUAUUGCAGAGAAGGGAGGGGUAUGCUGGCUAUCUUUUUUGUAUAAAAUCUAUAAGGAAUUCUUUUAAAAUCAUAGCAGUUAAUUAAAGGAAAAUGGACAUCCUGUCCUCUCCUCCGGAGUAUUCUAAUGGACUUGAAAACUAUGAAUAUAUAUAUUUUGUUUCCAUUUGUCAUUGCAAAGACUGUCUCUUCCCCUUUCCUUAGCCAUGACCAACUUCACAAACAUUCACCACAUGCAGGGUUUCGGACCAGUUAUUUAAAGCAGUCUCUAUAACAUGCGUCUUACUGUUUUUUUUAUUUUAUUUUUUUCCUCUCUCUCUCCCCCAAACCACCCUUGUAACUCUUAGGUUGCUUUUUUCUUUUCUUUUUCCUGCUCUUGUUGAAUUAGAUGCUAACAUGGUUCAGCCAGACUCGAUUGGGUCCCUGGGUGAGAGGACACAAAACUCCUCACAGACAAACUUCUGUAUAUUUAAUUUCCUGACAGGCUCGUUGAGCUUUGUGUGUUGAUUAAAACUGUGUAAUAAAAUGAUUACUAAAGUCUGAAA